UUACGACACGUCGUGCGUGGACUGCUCCGGCCGUAAAGCAGGCUCGAGUCGACCAGGCCAAGGCCGCGGACCCAGCUGCCAUGGCGGACAUGGAGGACCUCUUCGGGAGCGAAGCUGAGAGCGAGGCCGAGCGCAAAGAUUCCGAUUCUGGGUCUGACUCAGACUCUGACCAGGACAACGGUGCUUCUGGUAGCAAUGCCUCUGGCAGCGAAAGUGAUCAAGAUGAAAGGGGCGAUUCCGGGCAGCCCAGUAACAAGGAACUGUUUGGAGAUGACAGUGAGGAGGAGGGGGCCCCUCAUCACAGUGGCAGCGACAAUCACUCUGAACAGUCAGACAAUAGGUCAGAGGCUUCCGAGGAGCGAUCUGACCACGAGGAUAAUGAGCCCUCUGACGUGGACCAGCACAGUGGCUCUGAAGCCCACAACGAUGAUGAUGACGAUGAUGACGACGAGGACGAUGAUGAUGAGGGCCACAGGUCAGAUGAAGGGAGCCAUCACUCAGAGGCAGAAGGUUCUGAAAAAGCACAGUCAGAUGAUGAGAAAUGGGACGGAGAGGAUAAAAGUGACCAAUCAGACGAUGACGAAAAGCUGCAGAACUCUGAUGAUGAGGAGCGGGAACAGGGGUCCGACGAUGAAAAGCUGCAGAACUCUGCCGAUGAAGAGGAGAAAAUGCAGAACACAGAUGACGAGGACCGGGCCCAGCUUUCUGAUGAUGACAGACAACAGCUGUCUGAGGAGGAAAAGGGGAACUCUGAUGAUGAGCGUCCAGCAGCUUCUGAUAACGAUGAGGAGAAGCAGAAUUCAGACGAUGAGGACCGGCCACAGGUGUCUGAUGAGGAGAAAAUGCAAAACUCGGACGAUGAAAGGCCACAGGUCUCAGAUGAAGAUCGAAGGCACUCAGACGAUGAGGAGGAGCAGGACCAGAAGUCGGAAUCUGCAAGAGGCAGUGACAGUGAGGAUGAAGUUUUACGAAUGAAGCGCAAGAACGCGAUUCCAUCUGACUCGGAAGUGGACAGCGACACCGAGGUGCCCAAAGAUAAUAAUGGAACCAUGGACCUGUUCGGAGGUGCAGAUGACAUAUCUUCAGGGAGUGACGGAGAGGACAAGCCCCCUACUCCAGGACAGCCUGUGGAUGAAAAUGGCUUGCCUCAAGAUCAGCAGGAGGAGGAGCCGAUACCCGAGACCAGAAUAGAAGUGGAGAUUCCCAAAGUGAACACAGACUUGGGCAAUGACUUAUAUUUUGUUAAACUGCCCAACUUCCUCAGCGUAGAGCCCAGGCCUUUUGAUCCUCAGUAUUAUGAAGAUGAAUUUGAAGAUGAGGAGAUGCUGGAUGAAGAAGGGAGAACCAGGCUAAAACUGAAGGUAGAAAAUACUAUAAGAUGGAGGAUACGCAGAGAUGAGGAAGGAAACGAAAUUAAAGAAAGCAAUGCCCGCAUCGUCAAGUGGUCGGAUGGAAGCAUGUCCCUGCACUUAGGGAAUGAGGUGUUUGACGUCUACAAAGCCCCACUGCAGGGCGACCACAACCACCUUUUCAUCAGACAAGGUACUGGGCUGCAGGGGCAGGCCGUCUUUAAAACGAAGCUCACCUUCAGGCCACACUCUACAGACAGUGCCACACACAGGAAGAUGACUCUGUCACUUGCAGAUAGAUGUUCAAAGACACAGAAGAUUAGAAUCUUACCAAUGGCAGGUCGUGACCCUGAGUGCCAGCGCACAGAGAUGAUUAAGAAAGAAGAAGAACGCCUGAGGGCCUCCAUCAGGAGGGAGUCGCAGCAGCGCCGGAUGAGAGAGAAGCAGCACCAGCGGGGGCUGAGCGCCAGCUACCUGGAGCCUGAUCGCUACGAUGAGGAGGAGGAAGGCGAGGAGUCUGUCAGCCUGGCUGCCAUUAAAAACCGCUACAAAGGAGGCAUCCGCGAGGAACGGGCCAGAAUCUACUCCUCAGACAGCGAUGAGGGCUCGGAAGAAGACAAAGCUCAAAGGUUACUCAAAGCAAAGAAGCUCAACAGUGACGAGGAAGGUGAAUCUUCUGGGAAGAGGAAAGCAGAAGACGAUGACAAGGCCAAUAAAAAGCAUAAGAAGUAUGUGAUCAGCGAUGAAGAGGAGGAGGAGGAUGAUUGAAGCACAGACUGUGAAUGCAUUUAUGUAUUUAUUGUACAGCUUGUCUAUAAAUAUGAUGUAAACAUGAGUUAUUUUGAUUGAGAUUAAUUGAUCUGUGUUUGUGAAAUUUUAAUUGUAAUAAAACAUUUAAGGCAAGUC